GUUUGCUGAUAAAGCAAAGAAAAGAUUUGAAGUGCCUAUAGAAGUCCCUUUACCUCCUGCACAAUCACCAGACAAUGUUGAUUAUUCUAUUGAUUUUGUAAAUGAUCUCCAAUUUGGUAUUAUGGUUAAAAGAAACAAUACAGGAAAAGUUAUAUUUGACACAAAUAUUCCAGGAAUGAUAUUUUCAGAGCAAUAUAACCAAAUUUCUACAAGAUUAGCAUCUCCGUAUUUGUAUGGCUUUGGUGAACAUACUACUGCUGAAUAUAAACAUGAUAUUAACUGGAAAAAAUUAAGCUUUUUUGCAAGAGAUAUUACAAUAGAUCAUGAUUCAAAUCUUUAUGGGGUUCAUCCAUUUUAUAUGAAUGUAGAGGAAGAUGGAAAUGUGCAUGGUGUUUUUCUCUUGAAUAGCAAUGCAAUGGAAGUAAUAUUACAACCAAGCCCAGCUCUUACAUUUCGUACAAUUGGAGGAAUACUAGACUUUUAUAUUUUUCUUGGGCCAUCCCCUGAAGAUGUAGUGAAGCAGUAUCUUGAGGUUAUAGGACUGCCAGUUAUGCCACCUUAUUGGGCUUUAGGGUUUCAAAUUUCACGAUGGGGUUAUUCAACAGUUGAAGAUAUCAAAGCUGUUAUGGAUCGCACAAUAAAAGCUAAUGUGCCUUAUGAUGUCCAAUAUCUGGAUAUUGAUUACAUGGAUAACUUUAAAGAUUUCACUUAUGAUUAUGAUCACUAUCGAAAUCUGCCAUCUUUCAUAGAUGAGAUUCAUGAUAAAGGAAGAAAAGUUAUAAUCAUAUUAGAUCCAGCAAUAGCUAGUAAUAAAACUUUGAAAUCGAACUAUCCAGCUUUAGAUGUUGGCAUCAAUAGAGAUAUCUUUGUCAAAAUAAAUGAUACAUAUAUAGAGGGAAAACUUUGGGCUGGCAAAUCAUAUUUUCCUGAUUUUUCCCAUCCUCAAGUCCGACCUUAUUGGACUCAGAUGUGUGCAGAGUUCCGAAAAGCUGUUCGAUUUGAUGGCUUAUGGCUAGAUAUGAAUGAACCAUCGAAUUUUGUUGAUGGAUCUCUCAAUGGAUGUGGAAAAAAUUCUUUAAACUAUCCUCCAUAUAGUGCAGGUGUUUUAGGUUCAAAACGAGAUGGCAAAAUAUUUGAAAAGACAAUUUGUAUGGAUUCCAUCCAUUAUGCAGGAAAACACUAUGACAUUCAUAAUUUAUAUGGCUAUUUUCAAACUAAUGUAACUUUUAGAACUCUUGCAAUUAUUAUGCCAGGAACCCGACCUAUGGUUCUUAGCCGUUCAACCUUCCCUGGUUCUGGCCGCUUUACUUCUCACUUCUUAGGAGAUAAUUUAAGCACAUGGGAACAGUUACAGGCCUCCAUACCAGGAAUUCUAAAGUUCAAUUUAUUUGGAAUCCCAUUUGUGGGUGCUGAUAUCUGUGGAUUUGCUGGAAAUGCGACUGAGGAACUUUGUAUGCGAUGGAUGCAGAUAGGAGCAUUUUAUCCUUUCAGUCGCAAUCAUAAUUCUAUUGAUUCAAAAGACCAAGACCCUGCAAGUUUUGGUAAAGAAUUUGUUGAAAUAGUAAAUCGAGCCCUUUACACUAGGUACGAGCUUCUGCCAUAUUUGUAUACAUUGUUUCAUUUUGCUCAUACUGAAGGAUCAACUGUUGCUAGACCUUUAUUGCAUGAAUUUCCGUAUGAUCAGGAGACAUGGGAUAUCAGCUAUCAAUUUUUAUGGGGGCCUGCUCUUCUUAUUUCUCCUAUUCUAGAAGAGGGAGCAUCAACUGUCAAAGCUUAUUUUCCAAGCGGAAUUUGGUAUGACUUUUAUAAGGGAGAAAUAGCAAAAGAAGGCAGUGGAUUGUUUAUGACUUUGAUGGAUGAAGGAUACAUUAAUUUACAUGUCAGGGGAGGCUACAUUUUACCUCUACAAAAGCCUAAUGUCACUACGAGCUUGAGUCGCAAACAAGCUAUGGGACUUUUCAUUGCGCCUGAUGAAUCUGGAACUGCUAAAGGACACUUAUUUUGGGAUGAUGGCUAUUCCUAUGAAACACAAGAACAUAAAACAUAUCUUCAGUUGGAAUUAAAAUACGAAAAAAAUGGGAAAAACUCAAUACUUUUCUCCAACAUUUUGAUCAGUAAUUAUCCUGAUGCUUCUAAAGUGAAUUUUGAAUAUGCAAUAUUCUGUAACCAUCAUCAGCCGUCAAAGAUUUUUCUAAAUAAUGAAGAACUAGAUCAGAAACUAUGGAAGUACAACAAUCAAUUAGCA